AUGGCGUUGUUGGUUGAUAAGUUGCGUCCUCGCUCUCUCGAUGCCCUCACAUACCAUAAAGAUCUGUCCAACCGUCUAGCGUCUUUGGCUGCGUCCGCCGACUUUCCUCAUCUUUUAUUCUAUGGACCGAGCGGGGCAGGAAAAAAGACACGCAUCCUCGCAACACUCCGAGCCUUGUACGGUAGUGGUGUAGAAAAGAUCAAAAUCGACGCUCGCAUCUUUACAACAUCGUCGAACCGCAAGCUCGAAUUCAAUAUUGUGUCCUCCGUCUACCAUCUUGAAAUCACCCCGAGCGAUGUAGGGAAUUAUGACAGAGUAGUGAUUCAAGAAUUGCUGAAAGAGGUGGCACAAACCCAACAGGUCGAUCUCUCGGCAAAGCAGCGCUUCAAGGUCGUGGUGAUCAACGAGGCGGACGGACUCAGUCGCGACGCGCAGGCCGCAUUGAGACGGACAAUGGAGAAAUACAGUGCCAAUGUACGGCUGAUUUUGGUGGCGAACAGCACCGCAGGAAUCAUUGCCCCAAUCCGCAGUCGAACGCUGCUCGUGCGCGUUGCGGCGCCCACCGAGUCCGAGAUUUGUGAUGCGCUCGCCAAAGCGGCGAAGAAGGAGAACUGGAAGGCCAUCCCGGCAUUGAACGAGCGUAUUGCGAAAGAAUCAGGCCGGAAUCUGCGCAAAGCCUUGCUUAUGUUCGAAGCCGUCUAUGCACAGAACCCGGAGCCGAGCGAGAAAACGCCUAUUCCCCCGCCAGACUGGGAGAUCUUGAUUGAACAGAUCGCCAGAGACAUCGUUCGCGAACGCACACCGGCAAUGAUUCUCUCAACAAGAGCGAAGCUCUACGAUCUGCUGACACACUGUAUUCCGGCAACGAUGGUCCUCAAAACCCUGUGCUUUAAGCUGGUAGCGCUGCCCGAAGUCGACGACAGCUUGAAGCCGGAGGUCGUUCGGUGGGCCAGUUUCUACGAACAUCGUAUCCGACUAGGCAGCAAAGUCAUCUUCCACCUCGAGGCCUUUGUAGCCAAGUUCAUGCGCAUCUUUGAAGGAUACCUUGUUGGGAUGGAUUUUUAG